CAAUACAAAACCCUUAUUUGCAAAGCUUAUAAUAGUCCUGAAGGUCUUCUUCUUAAUGAUUUUUAUGCAACAAAUGAUUUAUUUGUACAUUCUAUUAUUAGUUCGAUUACAUUGCCUCAAUCUAUGGUUCAAUUGUUAGUAUCUCCAAUGCUUUUGCCCCCUGGCACUGAUCUUUAUACAAGAAAAUAUGAUCCUUUUAUUGAUAUGGAAGGUAUAAGAAUAAACUCUGUACGUUGUAGUAAAAUAGUGGAUGCCUCACAACUUGAUACUGACAUAAGUAACAAUCAAGUACCACAAUUUGCUUAUUACGUGCCGAACCAAAUUGACGAUGGCCAUGAUACUAGUUUUAAUUAUUCGAUGACUUGGUUUCAAAGCUGGUUUGACGCGAGACGUAAUAAUCCCAGCUUUACCAUGAACACAUUAUUUAUCAUAGUUUGGGCUUGUGGUGUAUCAAAUAAUCAUGUCCCCUGCAUUCUUUAUGGUUCUCCAGUCAAUCCUCCAUCCAAUCAUCAAGAUAAUACCAAUUAUUCAACUUAUUCAAUAAUGUCUACUGCUGAAGUAAAUUGGAAUUUAGGAUCUUGUAAAAAAAAUUAA